CUAACAGUGUUACAUUAAAAUCAGCAAUUAAUUUUCUUCGAUCCGGUGCUCAUUUAUAAAGGCAAUCACAAAGAAUGUACUUUUCUGAUUUCUCCUACCUUGCCAUGUGUCUCCCCUUCUCUAAUUGCACCUUGAAAAAUGAUAUAUCUCUCCAAUCGAUUGGGCUUUUCCCGUGGAAUUCACUAUCCUUCCUUCUGCAUUUUAUUCCCUAUGUAUCAUAACAUAAGCGGCCCACACAUUCCAAGGCUUAGUUUUGACCACAAAUUAUGCGAUUAAUAUGUGGAUUAUGUGUUAUAAGAAUUAUCUCAUUGGAAAUUUGUUUCGAAUGUAAAUUCAAUGGCAUAUUUGUUAUGAAAAAAAAAAGUUUAUUUUUGGUCUUUCAAUUGACAGCAACGUCUAUAAAUAGCUACUCAACUCAAAUCUGAUCACACUAUUGGCAAAACUGGAUACUUUUAGCCCUCUCCCGAAUUCGAAUGGUUUUGGCUCCACGUUGCAUGGUUUUUUCAGACUUUUCAACCGACGAUGUGUUGAUUGACCAAAUGUAUAUGAUUUUGAGUCCAUGAACCAUAUUUCCGAGGAGACCAUUUAGGAAAGUAUACCUACUAUCCACAAAUAUUUUUCGCACAGAGUAUUAAAUUAAGUUGGUCAAGAACUAAGAUGCAUGCCACUGCCCUAGCACAUCCAUGCUUAUUUUGGUUCGGUUCCAGUUCCACCCCUUAUUUUGGUUCCUGCCCAAGCGAUACGUUAUUCCAUCCCGGUGAAGCCAAAGCCCAUCUCCCGUUGUCCGUUGAUGCAUGCAUCCCUACCCACGGCUUUCUUUCCACCACGCCCACACAAGCAUAAGAAACCCCGGACUUGCCGGUGGAUCGAUCGGUCGACCUAUCGCCGUCGCGCGCAGCGCAUGUCCAUUCCCCUGCAGAUCCACCUAUGGCGGACAACACGGCGACCUUCAUCGACCUCAUCCUCGCCAUCAUCCUCCCUCCCCUCGGCGUCUUCCUCAAGUACGGCUGCGAGAUUGAGUUCUGGAUCUGCCUCGUCCUGUCAUUCUUCGGUUACCUGCCAGGAAUCAUCUACGCCGUCUGGGUCAUCGUGAAGUAGAGUGGCUUGAUACGUAUAUCGAGUGCAUUAGGACAGGACCGUUCUGUUCUCCUCUUCGAACCCCUACAUUUAGAGGAAAUAUUUCACGUCGAUUGGAAGGAACGGUUCUUCGAAAUCUGAAGGGAGGAAUCGAACAGUUUCGGGAUAUGGCGACUAUUCAAUGAGUUGCUCGCCGCAAUUUUAGGUGAUCGAUGUUUUUUACCUUCUCGUUUUGGUGCAGACUGCAGAGAAAUUGUCGUUAUUCCUGCCUGUAAUAGGGUAGUCGCUAGAAUGAGCAUGUGGAUUAGCUGUGUUGCUCAAAUGAUGUGCCCUGUAUAUAUGUUUACCAAAUUUGCAUUAGAAAUUUGAUCUAGCACGCAAACACAGCUUAAUUUUUUUUUGCGGGUA